CGCGGCGCCGUCGUCCUCGCCGUCGACGCCCUCGCCCUCGCGCGCGAAAUGCCUUCCCUGUUCCCGAACCCUUUCAACAAAGAAAAUGACAGCUUCGCGGGCGCCGUCACGAACGUCGAGGAGCAAACGAAGCUCGGCUCGUUCAUGUCCAUCGUGAUCCUCCCCAUCUGCGUCGUGCUGUACUCCAUCAUAUACUUCGUGCAGUUCUACUACGGCUUCGCGGGCAGCGAGCCCCUCUACAAGGUCACAUCCACAGAGACGAUAUCGUACGCCACGAACGUGUUCCCGCUGACGUUGAAGUGCCAGAACCCGGACGGGUGCUACUAUCGAAUGCCAGCGGGCGGCGCGGACAUGUGCGCGAGCGGGACGCUGAGCACCGAGACGGAGAGCAGUGACUUGUGCGCUGCGUCGGGCCGACGCAGGACGCUCCUCGACGUCGACGCGGCGGUCUUCAACGCGAGCGCUCGGGAAUUCGAAUCGACGGAAUUCGAAUCGUCAUCAGCUUCCAUCAUCAAGAACCGAGGCCGCGCGCUGUUGCAGGGGUCGAUCACCCCCGCGGCGUGCUCGAGCCUGAUCGCGUGCAACGUCGAGCUCUCGACGGCGGCCGCCGUGUGCGCGUUCCAGCCCACUACGGGGGAUCCGAUCGACGGCUUGACUGUCUACUGGAAGCACGACUGGUCGGUGGCUCCUAAAACGUGCACGGGCGCGUGCACGUUCGGGGUCUCCAUCAUGUCGGAUUACUUAUCGAACGUUGACAAUACGAUCAAACAACGCGAGCUCAAG